AUGGCGGCGGAUAGGAAUGAGGAAAGCGGUGGAGCUCCUAAAAACAUCAAGGGAAGCAACCCCGCUCCCAAACCUGCACCGAAGGCAAUACCGGCCAGACAGGCCAAUCAGGCCAAAGCGAAGACUGGUAAGAUCAAGCUACCGCGGAGCGCGGCCGUAACCAUCACGAGUGCCGGAGGUAAUUACGAGGAAAUUUUCAAAGAGGCGAGAAAUAAAAUCAAACUCGCGGACCUUGGAAUUACAACGGAUUUGAAGCCGAAGAGGGCCCAAACUGGAGGUCUGAUUAUAGAGAUCCCCGGAGCGGGCAACUCGGAUAAAGCGGACAUCCUGGCCGAGCGCCUGAUAGGGGUGUUCGCGGACAGGCCAGAUAUCAAGAUCGCCAGGCCGACGAAGACCGCCGAGAUUAGAGUCAUGGACUUGGACGAUUCAGUCUCGGCGGAAAAGUAG